UCGCAUGAGCACGAAGAAAGGCAAAGCAAAAACGAUUUUUCGCAUUACGAAAUUCGCACACAUUGAAUGAAUAAACAAAUGACCGAAUUUGAUGUGGUCAUCAUGUGGUCGAUGUUCGUAUCGAUGUAUGAGUGCCUGUGAUAACAUGUGUUUGUAAACCAGUUUCCAAACAAAUAUUUCGCGCCGGUCAAUGCUGCAUUUGUGUUACAGUGAGUAGCAAUACUACACUGUAGUAUCACACAAGAUACAACCACGGUGUUUCUGAUCGUCCAAUGUGAUCCAGUGUUGUUCUUAGAAUUGUAAAGAAUUUCUUCACUUACGAACGAAAGAAAGAUUCUGAACAUCUCUUCUCAGUAUGAGCAAUACAUUUUUUUUAUUGAUUUGAUUUUCGAAAACACAGUAAAAAAAACGCAAGUGAAAUUUAUUUCGAUUGUUUGUGUUAUAGCCGCGAAUUUGAUUUGAAUAUUAAGAACAUCGCUGUCUGAAGCGUAUUUUGUUUACUUUAUCAAGGUCAAUUUGCAAAUCCAUAUUGAUACUGUCAAAUGCAAUUUAAUCUAUUCAACCAGUAUCGAAAGGCUUUCCAUGAAAGCAGACAUAUUUAUCAAUGUUCAAGCAUUGGUCGACAACCAAAACGGAAUUUUUGGUCGAAAAAGGAUAAAUUAUCAUAAAAUAAUUCAAAAUGAAUAACGAUCAAACGAAUGGUGAUGCUAAACUAUCGAUAGCCAAAAAUGUGGCCAUUUGGACGGGUCUAAUAUACAGCGUUGGAAUCGUAGUGUUUUUUGCAAAUGUGUCUCCGAAUGAAGACAAUUUCCCUGGUGCAAAGUCUAUUAUGGUUAGAUGCAUGUAUUUCACGCUUGUGUCCAAUUGUGUCGCAUUCGCAUUGUGGAUAUUUGGAUACAUUCAAAAAAGAACGCGACUCACGGCAGUAGCAUUGAUACUUUGGAAUGUACCUUUAAAUCUCUGGACAGGCUUUACGCUUUUCUCACUUACAAUUAUACUCGUGCUCGAGAGGAAUUUUUCUAUUUAUGAAGGCAACUCUGAUAUUUUGAUUGUUACUUUAACAGCACUUUUCGUGGCUCUUUACAUUGCCUUGAUCAUAAUUUAUCGACGAAAUAAAAGAUCUGCCCAUAAAAACACUGCGGACAAUCCACAAUUGCGUAAAAUUCAUGAAGAAAACAGUACAUUUUAUUGGAAAUGCGUGGCAAUAGCAGUCGAUUGGCUGAUAAUGUCAGUCAUAAACAUAUUUUUAUUGGGUGUUUUUAUAUGGAAAGUAAAUGGUCUAAUUGAGUUCUUAUUGUCACUCCUGGGGAUGGUUUUAAACUUUGGUUCCGCUGUACUUUGGCUGAUUGGUGUGAACAAGAACUCCACCCGAUGUAUGUUAUUGCCGUUCGUACUUUGGGGUUUGAUGCUAGCUAUAUGGAUAUUUAUCAUGUCAAUGAUUGUCAUUCACCGUACGGAAACUAAUACAUGCGUGUUCAUUGCCGCAACCAUUUUCUGGAUAAUUGUGUAUUUCAUCGCUGUGUUGAGCUUUGUAGCAGUUUUGAGAGCUGAUCGAAAGCAAACAGUGCAGAAUUCAAAUAAUUAUGUUGAAAUUGAUGUUAUCCCCGUUAAAAUAAUUUUGUUGAAAUAAAGAUUGACCUAAAGCAAAUAGAAAAUUCUACACCGAAAUGUGUCAGCGAUAGUAGUUGCAUCGUUGAUACGGGAAUUUGUGUAUGAAGAUCGAUCACUGAUCUUGUGCACGUAAGUUCAUUUAACGAGAAAAAAUUUCAUGGGGAAUUCCAAUCCAUUCAUCUCUCCGAUCCUUACGCAUCAACAUUCUUAUAAAUUAUCACAACGAGUGUGUUUUCCGUCGCCAAAAUCGCAUAUAUACUAUGGAUAAUCAAAUAACCUGUAAAAAGCAUAUAACAUGUAAAAAUUUGAUGCGGUCAUCAUGCAACCGAUGGUCGUAUCAAUGUAUGAGUGCCUGUAAUAACUCGUGUUUGUAAACCAGUUUCCAAACCAAUAUUUCACAGCGGUCAUUGUGGCGAUUGCAUUGCAGUGUGUAGUAUCACACAAGCUGCAGACGCAGCCACAGUGUUUCUGAUCGUUCGAUGUAAAAUUCAAUCUUGUUCUUGUUAGAAUUGUGAAGAAUUGGAUUACUUAAGAGCGAAAGAAAGAUCUUGAAACAUUCCACCUCUUCUUCGUCUGAGUAAUAGAUUUUUUUAUUGAUUUUGAAUUUUGAAUACGCAGUGAAAAAACAAACGCAAAUGAAUUUUAUUUUGAUUGUUUGAUCUGUCUUAUAGCCGAGAAUUUGUUUUGAAUAUUAAGAAAAUCACUGUCUGAAGCGUGUAUUUUGUUUACUUUGAUUUCGAGGUCAAUUAAUAUUUCAUGUAUACAAUUCGUUGCAAAUCGAUGGCUGUAGCUGAGAAUGUCAAAUGCGAUUUAAUCAAUCAAACAGAAAACCAGUAUCGAAAGGCUUUCCAUAAAAGCAGGCACAUUUUAUUGAUGUUCAAGCAUUGGUUAACAACCAAAACGGAAUUUACAUAUAUUGAAAAAGGAUAAAUUUUCAUAGAAAAUGAAUAGUGACCAAUCGAAUGAUGAUUCCAAACGUUCGAUAGCCGAAAAUGUGGUCAUUUGGACGGGUUUAAUAAACAGCGUUGGACUUGUAGUGUUUUUUGCAAAUGUGUCUCCGAAGGAAGACAAUUUCACGGAUGGAUACAUGUAUUUUACGCUCGAUAAGUUUUAUAUUCUGCAAUUUAUUGGAUUCAAUUGAAAAGUUAUUUCGAAUUUGUUGAAACAAAAUUUUCGGAAGAAAAACACAAUUUUAUAGUUUAUACACAUAAAAGUUUUAAAAGCGUUAAAAAAAACAUUCAUUAACAGUUCUUAAUUGUGUUGCAUUCGCGUUGUGGUUACUGGGAAUGCUUGAAAAAAGAACGCGAGCUAUGGAUUGUUCAAUUAGCUUAAUAGCUUGGGGAAUUCUACUGAAUCUUUGGACAGGCCUAGCUCUUUUAUUCAGGUCCACGAUAUUGCUAGAUAGAAUGAAGAGAGUUUUAAAAGGAGAUCAUAUUAUGAAAACAACGCUGAAAUUUGGAGUGUCCCGGUCACAGAUAAUUUUUCUGUUUUCAUAAUAUAAGAGACUUUUAUAGAAAAGAUAAAUCGAGACUUCUGUGUUUUCAAAUGAAACGGUACUCUUGAACUUUUUAAUUAGCUUCCGAGUUCGAAACAGAUACAUACAUUGUGAAAAAGGACAUAACUAGGAUAUUGGCAUUGAUUCGAAACAAUUUUCAGGGAUAAUUUCAAGCUUUUAUUCAAAUUCGUGGCAAAAAAUUUGCGAUAAUGGAACUAAAAUAUUGCCGUCGUUUCCAUGAGAAAAAACAACAGUACAAAGUUAAUGAAUAGAAACCAAAUACGAUAACGGAAAAGUUUAAAAGAUAACAAAACGUUUUGAUAAGAAACCGGCAACUGUGUUUGAAUAUUUUGAAGACUUUGCUUUAAAUCAAAAUGGAAAGCGGUCGAUGGAAUCGUCGAAAACGUGUAAUAGCGGGAAAAGUAGCAGCUUGUGUUGGGUUUAUUUAUAGUGUUGGGCUUGUAGUAUUUUUUGGAUCGAUUUCCCAAUUGAAAACAGAAGAUGACCAAACGAGAAAAAUUAUGAUGAGAUCCAUGUAUUUCAUAAUUUUCUUCAAUUGGAUAGGCAUUUUUUCGUGUAUCGUUAAAAACAAACGAGUAUUCGUGGUGGCUUCGUUGAUUUUUUGCAAAUUCCUCUGGACAUUUGUACGCCUUCAUGAGAACGAGACAAAUUACAUUAUGAUUUUCAUAAUUACAACACUGUGUGUGGCUCUUUGCGUUAUUCUGAUUAUGAGCAAUCGAAUAAUCAACAGAUUAAUUGAAAAAAAUACGUUGGAAAGUUCACAAUCAGUCGAAUUGUAUGGAGAAAGUAGGAAAUGCGUUGCGAUAGCACUCAAUUGGCUGAUGAUAGCAUUCAUCAAUGGGACGGUAAUAUUAUUCAUAGCUAUAAUCUAUUUACCCGAAUCAUUUGCAUUGAUCGCUGUUUUAACGAUUGAAAGUUUUUACAGCUCUGAACAUUGCUAUGACGAUGGCUUGGCUACAUAAAAUAAACAAUAACAACUCAGGACGUACGGCCACAGUGAUUUGGUUCGGUUUGCUAUUUGGUCUUUGGACGUUCCAUUUAUGCUGUACACAGAACGGAUGGACAAAUGCAUACAGAUUCACAGCAUUGAUAGUAUUUUGUGUGAUUUCAUACUUCGGCCUAACAAAGAGCUGUCUACCAUUCAAGCGACGGAACCAAAAAUGUACGAUUUCACGGAGUCCGUCAGGAUGGUACGUUGCAUAUAAAGCAACACAUCGAAAGCAAUCAAAAUGAAUGCUAAUACCCAAUAUUUCUUCACUCAACGAUACCCAGCAAAAGGCCCAUUCAAAACAAAUCGCAAUUUAGUAGCAAAUAUAAUUAUUGGGCUCAGAAGUCACCGUUCUUCAUGACAUGAAGGAACAAAACACAAGAAUGAGAGAAAAACGUUGAUUUUCCGCUCGAAAUGUGGAAACAGUCAAUGACAGAUAGGUGAGGAUAUAUGCUGAGCAUAGAAACUCAGCAAGCUGAGAUUGGGAUAUUUUGACAUUGUGACGUGCUAUUCAAACAAAUUUAUGAUGGAGAGGAGUUUGAAACACAUUUCCAUUACACUCCAAGGCUCCAUCAACACUCUACCAAAAUUCUACAAAAAUUUGCACGAAUAGCAAGUCACAAAAUCCAAACGUCCCAAUCUCAGCUUGCUGAGUUCAUAUAUCCUCUAGCUAUCUGUCAUCGACUGUGUGGAAAUGCGUUUUACACACGCAGCGACUGUGUGACUGAACCAGCCGUCGCCAAAACUCAAACGUAUCGCUUUGCAUUUUUAAAGCACGUAAAAUUAUGUGCGUUUGUCGUCAAGUCGCAUUCUCUGUUUUUUAUAAAGGUAAUCUUUUUAAAUAAGCGCCCCUCUCAAAUACAUCCAUGUUGACAAAAUGAUUUGAAACACGUGCGUUUUUGUAUGGAUUUUUAGAGAAGAAAAAAACGCUAAAUGGUUCGACGAUUAAAAUCUAAAAUCACAAGCACAAUCACAUAAUCACAACGAGUGCCGACGUUACGCAGCUUGCGUUGAUAAUCGUGUUUGUGUAUACAUGAAUGUGCAUGUGUAUGUGAGUUCUUGAGCAUAUAUGUUUUCUAAAAAUAAACAAACAAGUAAACACAUAAUGCAAAUGCCAAUGCCAAUGCCAACCGGCAUAGAAAGUUGAUUAGCACAAGCAGUAUCACACAAGCGGCGAACGAAUCAGUCGUUCUAUCAGUUCUUUUACUUUUAAUUUUCUUCCGUUUGAUGAACGAUUGUGAAUUUUUUUUCGUUGAAUUCGUUGAAUUGGCCGAAAAUUCUUUAAAAAAAAGUGAAAAUUUCGCCCAAAAAAAAGCAACGGAAUUUCUCUUUUAUGCGUGUUAUGCAACAACUCGCAUCUAGUGAUUGAGUGAUCAAGUAAACUGGAGAGAGCUAGACUAAACCAGAGUGAUUUUUGGCUGCGUUCCAAGAUAAUCUUAUCAGAAAUUCAUUUCGUUCACGUGAACUACACACAAUUGGCGUUUUUCAUCUAUAUUUAAAACUGGGCCACAGCACGAACAUCGAACCAUUUCUUGUGUGAAUUUUGGCAAUUCGUGUUAGCUGACAUAAGUGAGACGUUAAAAUGGAAAACAGUCAAUCUAAGGGUGUUUCAAGCCGAGGAAUUUCAAAAAUGGCCAAUGUCUUGGGUAUUGUGUACACCGUUAGCGUUAUAGCAGCUAUUGUAGUUCCCACUAUGACAGCAUAUGCAGAUGAUGCGAUUUUUAUGAAAUCAUGGCUUCGAUUCACAUACAUAACUUUCUUCCUUUACUUCGUUGGUCUUAUUCUAUGGAUCUCUUCAAUUUCGCUCAGUGAAUCUGGAUUUAUGGCGGCGUCGUUGAUCUUCUACGGUCUCCCAAUGGUUUACUGGAUGAACGACAUAUUCUUUGGAAUACUUUACUAUCUUACCACGGGAAUAUCAUAUGGAUAUAAAUAUGAUCCGUCUCUUCAUCAUAUUGCAGUAGUUCUUACAGCAGUGUUCUUUAUGGCUUUUUAUUUCGUGCUACUGACGUGUUACAGUUCAUUGAAGAAUACAUAUACAAGAAACACAUCUGAACAACAACAAUUCGAUGGCGGUUUUGACUGGACAGUCGCUGGAUUUGCGGUUAGUUUGGUGAUGUUUGCAUUCAUAGUUGGUGCAACACGGUUUUGUUCGGGAUUGCCGUCGGGAAUUGUGUAUGCCGGUGUAAUUGGCUUUGGUGUCGUAAAUAUAGGGAUGACGAUCGUAUGGUGGUUGGGUGUUGUAAAUGCGGGAAGAAAACGAAUGCUGACAAGCUUGAUUUUUUGGUUUUUGUUUUUCUCACUUUUGAUUAUCCUUGAAAUUUAUGCGAGUUGCUCUUUGGAAGGCUUUUUGACAGGUGGCAUCUAUUUUACUGCAGGUUGCUUUGUGGCAUUAUACAUCUUCGCCGUGAUGACGUACAUUUCGAUAAUGAAAGCGAAAUUAUUGGGAGUUAAUAAGAGAUUAAACCUAGAGUAUAGUAUGAUAUCAAAUGGAAACAAAGAACUGCAUGUUUAGUUUGAAGAUCAACUGUGUUUCGUUUAAACACGGUUCAUUGACAGACGUAAUGAAUCAUUCAAAAUUUCUUGUGAAAGAAAUUAAUGCCAAUAUUAAGUGUUGUUUUGUCGAAAAUAACCUCACUUCGAGACAAUAAAUCGUUUUUAAGAGAA